AUGCACGCUACGGAUUACCUUGUUGAAGUCCGCAAAUGGGAUUCAACCCACAUUCUCGUCAUAACAAGAUGGAUUGACUUAGGACCUGGAUUUUCGACGGAUGACUACCAAUGGAGCUCCCAUGCUGGAGAUCCUAAGGAGAAGCGUGAACCAAAUCUAGAGGGCCAGGAUCUUAAGAACCGCCCUCAAAAGCUUUUUGACCCUCAAGCAUCUGGACAGUCUGAGUCAGCGAGUGAGCUACUAUCACGCAACCUUGCUUAUCUUACGGAUGAACGCUACAAAAAGGUCAUGAGAAAAAGUGUCUCUCGGAGAGCUAUAUGGUGUUUGCCAUAUAACAGUGGACCCAGCUGCCGUUGA